CAAAGCCGUGCACGGUUUGAAAUGGAGUGCACGAGAGCUUCCAUGCAGAUUGAGCACAGCGUUUCAUAUCAGUGUUUUGACAGCUUGUGGAUUUGACAUCAGUAAAGGAUCUCGGUGCAGCUGAAGUCACCUGAUUCUGUGAAGUCAGAGAGCUGAAGGUUUGUUUUCGGACAGGUAGAACUCGUCUUGAAGAGGACUGAUGGAGGCAGACAUCUUUGACUAUCACAGAGAUGAGCACGCUGUGGACGCUGAGUAUUUCCAGGGAGAGAAGAGGAAGCUGAUUCAGCCGAAGUCUCUAAAAGACCCCGACCUUGAGAAGCUGAAGCAGGCAUUAGUUGCUUGGAUCAAUGGGACUUUGAAACCGGAGCACAUCGUGGUUCAGAGUCUGCAGGAGGAUCUGUACGAUGGACUGGUGCUUCAUCAUCUGCUGGCCACGUUGGCCGACGUGCAUCUGCCUGUGGAGGAGUUAGCGUUGACCAGUGCCGCUCAGAUACGUAAGCUGGAACUGAUCCUGGAGGAGCUUGACAGGAGGCUGGGCCCGCAGGACGGCAGCCAGAUGAAAUGGAACAUCCAACUCAUCCACAACAAAGACCUUCUGGCGACGAUUCAUUUGCUGGUUGCCAUGGUGAGAUGUUUCCAGCCUGAACUGGAUUUGCCAUCAAAUGUGAAGGUUGAAGUCGUGUCACUGGAAGUCAACAGUGGUGGAAUCAAAUCCGACGUCCAGACAGAAGUCCUGACAGGUGAUCGGCCGAACAACACAGGCUCAGACUCCCUCAGCAGUACUGAAAGGGAAGAUCCCGUUGAACAACUGCUGAGGCUGGAGGCUCACAAGGUCAACACGGUGAAGAAGGCUAUUUUACACUUUGUCAACCAGACCAUGUCGUCGAUGGGUCUGCAUGUCGCUGAACUGGACAAACAGUUUGCCGAUGGCGUCAUCCUGCUGCUGAUGAUUGGACAGUUAGAAGGCUUCUUCAUCCCACUCUGUGACUUCAACCUGACCCCUGUCAAUCACUCUGAGAUGCUGCACAAUGUGACCUUGGCCCUCGACCUACUGAAUGAUACAGGCCUGACUCUGUCCAGUGUUAAACCACAAGAUAUUGUCUCUCAGGACGUCACAGCCACCUUGAAGGUCCUGUACGCCCUGUUCAAGAAGCACAAAGAGAAAUGAGAGACGCUCGGAGAGGAGCUCCGGAGCAAGAAGUGCAAAGAGCUGAAGAAAGGUGGAGUGUUUGACCAGCUUGUGGUUUCAUCUGUCGCAAAUACUGUGAAUGUUCUUAUUCAAAGGGUGACAUAAAAUUGUGUUGAUCCUCUCACCCAAGUUUUUGCAAGAAGCUUAAGUAGAGUUAACCAGUCGACCGUAAUCCAAGUACAGGGCCAGCCUUUCUGGUAACAACUUAGGGUUGAUACAAAUCUAAGUUAAUAGACACACUUCUUACUCACAGUAACUCUGAGGGACUUUGAAAAGACAUAUUUUCCAAAAAGUCUAAGAGUUCAAAACAGAGAAAGCCAAAGGUACAAAUAAACCCAUUCGGUUUCAACCAGGUCAAUUUGUCAGCACCUAGCGAGCCUGUUAGCACCAAUUAGCCUUGAACCUGGUCACAUAGAUUGUUGAUAAAGAUGAGACAAAUUAUAGCUGGCAAAAGAGAAGACAAAGCGUCUUGUUAAGUCUGCUCCAUUAGGCAUGGGAUUUACUUGACAACACACAGACACCAUUAUCGCCUCAUAUCAUAAACUCUCCCGACCUCUUCUCCUUCCCCGAAUCUCUGGGUCCAGGUGAUGCUAUUGGCGCAAUGUAACAGCGUUUGCAUCCAGGAUAUUGGCGGGAAUUUGUGGAUACAAGUCGAGACGCGUUGCUCAUUUUGAUUUACAGUCUAAGGUCACUACGCCAGCAAGCUUACUGCACUGAUUACUUUGUAAAGAGAUGGUGAUUUCAAACCAAAACCACCAACGUCGUCAAAUGUCACAUAAUUUGCACCAUUUAACCCAAAAUCCGGUUCAGGAGGGCUCUGCGUUAUUGGCAGGUGUUGUGGCCCUGUUGUCUGGAACCAGCUGGUUCAGUGUCCUUGUUUACAAAAUGUACGAUUUAUUUUGAUUCAUAUUACAUACAUUGUGCAUUCAUUAAUUGAUGUAUUAUCGCUGUGCCACCACAAGUAAUGUAUGACCUAAUGGGUCUCUUCAUGUUGUUGACAGCUUAAGGACAAUAAAUUGUUCACGCAAACCCAAUUUUAUUUUUUUUAAACAUAUUUUUCUUGUGUCAUGUUAUUUGCUGGGGUCUUUUGGCUGGAGGCUUCUCAAUAAACGAUGUUCUUUCUCUGCUCCUUUUAA